CGAAGCAAAACGUUUGUCGUGUGGGGACAAAAGUAUAAAUAUUUUGUUUUUGCGAGAGCCAUCUGUAAAAAUGACAACACCUACUAUUAAAACGAAGGUGCCGAAGGUGGCAAAGGUGAAGAACCGGAUGCCAGCUGAAGUCCAAAUCACUGCCGAGCAGAUUCUCAGAGAAGCUAAAGAGCGAGAAUUGGAGCUGGUUCCACCGCCUCCCAAGCAGAAGAUCACCGAUCCAGAAGAACUCCAAGAGUAUCGUCUUAAGAAGAGGAAAGAAUUUGAGGACAACAUCCGAAAGAAUCGCUCUAGCGUCACAAACUGGAUCAAGUAUGCCAGCUGGGAGGAAAGUCAACGGGAGAUUGACAGAGCACGGUCUGUUUAUGAAAGAGCUUUGGAUGUGGACCACAGGAACAUCACACUAUGGCUGAAGUAUGCAGAAAUGGAGAUGAAGCACAAGCAGGUCAACCAUGCCCGCAAUAUCUGGGACCGAGCUAUCACCAUACUCCCCCGCGCCAAACAGUUCUGGUACAAGUACACAUACAUGGAGGAGAUGAUCGGUAACGUGGCCGGGGCACGCCAGGUGUUUGAACGCUGGAUUCAGUGGGAGCCGGAGGAACAAGCCUGGCUGUCUUACAUCAAGAUGGAGCUCAGAUAUAAAGAACUAGACAGAGCGAGAGACAUCUAUGAAAAAUUUGUCAUUUGCCAUCCGGAGGUGAAAAAUUGGAUUCGCUUUGCCAGCUUUGAGGAGCACAAUAACUAUGUCUCUAGCUGUAGGAAGGUGUACGAGCGUGCUGUGGAGUUCUUCGGGGAGGACAACAUGGACGAGAAACUCUAUGUAGCUUUCUCAAAGUUUGAGGAGAGACAAAAAGAGCACGAGAGGGCCAAGGUGAUCUACAAGUAUGCCUUGGAUAAGAUUCCCAAGGAACAUUCGGAGGAACUCUUUAAAGCUUACACAAUCCAUGAGAAAAGAUACGGUGACAGAGCUGGCAUUGAGGACAUCAUUGUCAGUAAGCGACGCUUCCAGUACGAAGAGGAAGUGAGAGCCAACCCAAGUAACUACGACGCAUGGUUUGACUAUCUGCGUCUCCUGGAAACGGACAGCAGUGAAGACACGGUGCGGGAGAUAUACGAGCGAGCUAUCGCCAACGUUCCUCCAGCCCCUGAGAAACGCUUAUGGCGACGCUACAUUUACCUGUGGAUUAACUACGCCCUGUAUGAAGAGUUGAAUGUCAAGGACAUGGAGAGGACACGGCAAGUGUACAAGGCAUGCUUGGACAUGAUCCCACAUAAGAAGUUCACUUUUGCUAAAGUCUGGCUCAUGUUUGCGCACUUUGAGAUCCGACAGAAGAACCUUAACUUUGCUCGCAAGAUUCUGGGCAACGCCAUAGGCAAGUGUCCGAAAGAUAAAGUCUUCAAGGGUUAUAUCGAGUUGGAGCUUCAGCUGAGAGAGUUCGAUCGCUGCCGCAUCCUGUACCAGAAAUUCCUAGAGUUCAACCCGGAGAAUUGCACCACGUGGAUGAAGUUCACGGAACUGGAAAGCAUCUUGGGCGAUAUUGAUAGAGCGAGGGGCAUAUUUGAUCUGGCCAUCAACCAGACCAAGCUGGACAUGCCCGAGGUGUUAUGGAAAGCCUACAUCGACUUUGAGAUUGAGCAAGAGGAGUACGACAGGACGAGGGCACUCUACAAGUGCCUCCUACAGAGAACGCAGCACGUCAAGGUAUGGAUAAGUUUUGCUAAGUUUGAGCUGUCUAUCGGCUUGGAGGGAUGCUUGGAGAGGGCCAGGAGAAUCUACAAGGAUGCAAACAAGGGAUUGAGAGACACUGAAGAAAAGGAGGAGCGUCUCAUUCUACUUGAAGCCUGGAAAGACUUUGAGGAGGAGUGUGGUGACGAGGAGAACAUCGCAGACGUCAAGAAACAAAUGCCAAACAGGGUCAAGAGGAGACGGAAGAUACAAACUGAAGAUGGGUCGGACGCAGGAUGGGAGGAGUACUACGACUACAUCUUCCCUAAUGACGAAUCCAAUUUGCCCAACCUCAGGCUGCUCGCCAUGGCUAAGAAGUGGAAGCAGCACCAGCAAGAAGAUUCCAGUGAUGAGGAAGAUGAUUCUGAUAAGGAAGAUGUUGAUGAUGAUGAUGAUGAAGACAAAGAGAACUUGCAAGAGGGUGAGGAGCGCGAGGAUGGAGCCAAAAAGGCAGCGGCUCAGUACAACGAUGCGGACUAUGAUGAUAGCAGCAGUAGCGAUGGCAGCGAUGACGAGAAGAAGUCGAGGAGAACAAAAGAGACAGAGUCGAAAGCGAAAUCUAGCGAUUCUAGUGACUCGUCGGAUUCUGACAAAUAAUCCACAGUGCCUGAUUUUCAGAAUCUCAAAAGAUCAUCUCGCAACAGAGGAACUAUCAGGAAUGUGCAGUGAGACUUCUGCUAGGAAGAUUCUGAGAGAAUCAAGGACAGUAUCACUCUCUCUCUCUCUCUCUCUCUCUCUCUCUCUCUCUCUCUCUCUCUCU